GUGGGCGCGGUCGAGGGGGCCGCGCUGGCGAGUGGCCGCCGUCGGCUGGGACUGCGAGGCGCCGGGUGGGCAGGCGAUGCGGGCGCCCCGGGUGCUGGUGCUGGCGGUGCUGGCGCUGUCGGCGGCGCGAAGCCGGGCGGGGCCGUGCCCGGCGCGCUGCGACGUGUCCCGCUGCCCGAGCCCCGGCUGCCCGAGCGGCUACGUGCCCGACGGGUGCAACUGCUGCCUGGUGUGCGCGGGCGGCGAGGGCGAGGCGUGCGGGCGGCCCGAGGACCCUCCGUGCGGCGACGGGCUCCAGUGCCGUUCCCCGCCGGGCCUCUGCCAGUGCCAGCUCCGCGCGCCCGUCUGCGGCACCGACGGCCGCCCCUAUGCCAACCUGUGCCGCCUGCGCGCCGCCGGCCGCCGCGCUCUGCAGCAGGGGCUCCCCGCAGUCCAGCAGGCCCCCGCCGCCGCCUGCCGAGCCGAUCAUCAACAGCCGAACAGCCCCAGGUAUAAGUUUAACUUCAUUGCAGAUGUGGUGGAGAAGAUAGCACCUGCUGUUGUGCACAUAGAACUCUUCCUCAGGCAUCCCCUGUUUGGCCACAAUGUCCCCCUUUCCAGCGGCUCCGGCUUCAUUAUGUCUGAUACGGGGCUGAUUGUCUCCAACGCCCACGUGGUGACCAGCAGCAGCACAGCAACUGGACGGCAGCAGUUGAAAGUGCAGCUCCAGAAUGGGGAUACGUUUGAAGCGACGAUCCAGCACAUUGACAAGAAAUCAGACAUUGCAACCAUCAAGAUAAAGCCACGGGAAAAGUUGCCUGUCCUCCUCUUGGGCCAGUCCAGUGAUCUGAGGCCAGGGGAAUUUGUGGUGGCCAUGGGGAGCCCAUUUGCUUUGCAGAACACAGUGACCACAGGCAUCGUCAGCACAGCCCAGAGGGACGGCAAAGAACUGGGCCUGCGGGACUCAGACAUGGACUACAUUCAAACAGAUGCCAUCAUCAAUUAUGGGAAUUCAGGAGGACCUCUAGUCAACUUGGAUGGGGAAGUGAUUGGCAUCAAUACUUUAAAGGUUACUGCAGGAAUUUCCUUUGCAAUUCCAUCUGAUCGCAUCUCCCGAUUCCUCUCUGAGAAUAAUAGCAAACAAAGUCAAGAUGGGAAGAAAAGGUUUAUUGGCUUAAGGAUGCUGACAAUAACACCUGAACUUGUGGAAGAACUGAAGUUUAAUAAUCCAGAUUUUCCUGAAGUUGGUAGUGGAAUUUAUGUACAUGAAGUCGUUCCAAAUUCACCAUCUCACAGAGGUGGGAUUAAGGAUGGAGACAUCAUUGUGAAGGUGAACGGGCAUCCGCUGAUGACUUCUGCUGACUUGCAAGAGGCUGUGAUGAAGGAGUCGCCUCUGCUGCUUGAAGUCAGAAGGGGAAAUGAUGACUUACUGUUUAAUAUAGAACCUGAAGUCCUGAUGUAAGCCAGGCUGUGAACCUGGUGUCAGCUGAUGUCUAAUUUCCUGAGCCAGACUGUCAAGAAUGAACCAUCAGCCUUUCAGCAGCACAACUUCUUCAUUGGUGUCAUUGAAGAGACAUGUGGACAAGAGCCUGCUGGUGGCUUUGCAUAUGGAAGCAGCUCACAAUGGACGUUGGACAAGCAAAAACCCCACCCUGGUGGUUGACAAAUGGUGGAACUAUUUUCGCUCAGUUAGGACCAGACACUAAGCAGCAAACCAUUACUGCAAACCAUUACUCUUUGGCAUACUCAUGAGUCCCUCCUGCUUUAGCUUUUUGUGAGGAAGUCAGCCGGGCCCAAAACUGCACUUCUGGAAAUUUUCUUACCAAAAUGUUGUUUGGUUUAUUUGCUCAAAGAGUAAAUGUUAUGCAUUAAAUUAUGCAUUAAAUUACAAUUACAAUAUAAGGACAAAUUGAGAUGGCUACACCUCAAGAGACUUCCUUUUGUACUGUCUAUAAACUGUUGUCAGAUUUACAGGGUGUGUGGGGAUGAAUCCAUGGAGGAUAUUCUCUGGGCAAAGACAGCUGAUUCAGGGGAGGAGACAAACCUCAAACUUCAGAAGUUUGCAAUAAGUGUGCACACACACACACACACACACGUGUGUGUGUGUGUGUGUGUGUGUGUGUGUGUGUGUGUGUGUGUGUGUGUGUGUGAAAGACAUGGUGUUCAUCAGAACUUUCCAUCCCAAGACACUGAAAUCCUAUUCAACUUCUGAGACCUAAUGAACACACCCUACAACUUCCACUAACCAAAACCAGCCAAGGGCAGAGCCAGAAAACUUAGAGCAGUGGUAGCGAACCUAUGGCAUGGGUGCCAGAGGUGGCACUCAGAGCCCUCUCUGUGGGCACGCAAAGAGUUGCCCCCCACACACAUCUAGGCUGGCCUGGACCACUGGGCUCUAUUAUUAGCAUUAAACCUAAGACCUAGUUUUGGGGAAGCAGUGUAGGUAACCCUGGUAAGCACUGUUAAACCACUGAUUUUCAUGCGAAGAACUAAAGUCUGUUGUACUCGACUCACCCCUCCAGCCAAUCAUGUCAUUCCUGUCUCUGCCCAAUCAGGACUUAGUUUCCCUUUAACCAAUCAUGGCGCAUUUUCAGCCAGCCAGUCAUAAUUGACCAUUCAGAGUAUGCGUAGAACCGGAGUUUGUAAGCCCCUUUGAGUCUCCUUACAGGGGAGGAAGGGGGGGGGGUAUAAAUCCAAACUCUUCUUCCUUUCAUCCAAAUGUUCUGCAGCAGCCCACCUUGAUGGAGACUUUGUGCUUGGUGAAAGAUCGGCUCCUGAGAAGCUGGUAGAUGCAGUGGAUGGGCAGGAAUCCGGUGAUGUUGGCGCUCAGGUUGCCAGUGACAGCCACGCAGACCGCAUGAGCAGUGACCACCGAAAGAUCAGCCCCUGACUCAGAUCCUUUUUAAACCAACCAUUUAAAAAAACAAACAGUUUGGAAGUCAGUGCCAUGUGAUGUGGCUGGGUCCACUACCCACACCAGCUGACCGUUCUCCCAGCCACUGGGGUUUGUCAUCAUCAUAAACUUUCUGCACCACAUCACAAACUGCUUUCUGUCUCAGACUGAGCAAGAAAAAGACAUGACGGAGCCCUGGCAUAUCUUUUCCGGCAAGGCAACACAUAAAGGACAGAAAUGCAGCUGGAAUGGGACCAAGGAAAGGAGGGAGGGGAUGUAGAAAAAAGGGCAUUGACGUGGACGCUGGGGAAUCGCUGAAAGGACCAUACAAUGGGCAAGAGGAACAGAGCAGCUAUGGCUCAGCAACCAGACGAUGCGGCAGCAAACCAUCGCCGCUGUCUCCAGUAGGUUGCUCAAAUGUGCAAGCAGCGCCACAAUGGCGGCAAAGAGCUCCUCCAAUUCAGGAUCCAUGAUGGUUCACCAGCCAGUUUGUGUGGAAGCACGUAAAGUCGCAACCUCGUGACGAUGUCGCAAAGUUCCUCUGACCUUGCGACAUGCACGGGAAAAAAGGAAUUUCAUGUUUCCUGCCAUGGGAAAGGGAACCAAUUGGGGCAGAGGGGUGGAUGACACACAGAGUCGACCCCGCCCACUGAGUUCAGGUAAGGAGAGACGAACUCGGCAAUGUGCGGAUUAAUGGCGAAUCGAGCUCAGGUGCCAACUUUUCGUGGCAGCCAAUAGAAUGCGAAGCAGGAAGAGGCGUGCACAGCUUAUCCGCCCUCUGAGCUUGGCUAAGGAAGAACGAACUCGGCCGCUGUGUGGAACGACAGCGAGUUGACUUCAUGAAGAAAAAUUCCAGCCGACGCAAGUCGAGCCCUACAGAAUGUACUGUAGGGAAUCACCCUUUGAGAACAAAGACGGCUGAGAGGCAGCAGCUUCUCUUCAAUGGAGAAAGCUCUCUCCCCAACCCCCAAUCUGUUAACUAUUCAGCUGCGCUGGCAAAUGUAAAUGGGUGUGUGGUGUGCGUUUCCUUUUCUGGUAAUUUGGGUGGACUAAGGUUGUGCAUGUGUCACUGGAGAAUAGUGUGUGUAUAAAGUGUCUGUGUAAGCAGCAUGGUGCCAGUGUUUGCAGUAAAGGGAGAAUGAAUAAGGUUCAAAAGUGUGGUGUAUGAAUGGGUGGCAAAAAACAGUCUGAGUUCCAAUCUGACAUCCUGCUUAGAGCAUAAUUGCAUAGAAACCCCCCACCCCUGAGUUGGCACAUUUUAACUCCCAGGGUUAAUGUCACAUUCUCCUCUGUCUUAAGAUCUCUUUUCUGACAUCAGAGUGAGCCACUUCAGGUACAGCUGAAAAGAAAGGGGGGAGGUGUUGGGGGUCACACUUGGGUUUACCAGAAAUCUUGCCAGGUUUGAUGUUAAGUGUCUGAACCAGCCAUCCCUUGACUGCCUGAAGUCUUUCAAAUUAUGGGACUCCACUAGAGUGUAAGAGAUCUUACAUGCUUGACUUUUUAAAUGGUCUGGGCUAUUGCUCCAAUAUGCUGUUUGGUUAACCAGGCCCUGACCACAGGCUCUUGUUACAUGGAGGUCACACACAAAUGGAAUGUGGUGAAUAAUUCUUAUAGAAUUAUUGCCUGAUAUAAUCACAAAGCCAUGUGCAAAACAAACUGAAACUUUGGGAAAGUGCACAAUUUUUCUGGAGAAAGUGCACAAUUUUUUUCAUUGUAUUGGAAAGCAUUAUUGAACAAAUUGUAUACAUGUGACUUGUACAAUAGGUUCCUACUGUACAAAGAAUAAACUUUACACAGAUAACA